GGCCAAGAUGGCGGCGGGGCCCGGGCGGUACUUCUGCACGGCGGGCCGCGGGCUGGAGCCCUUCCUGGCGCGGGAGGUGCAGGCGCGGCUCGGCGCCACGGAGGUGGAUUUCGUCUCAGGAAAAGUCUUCUUCAGCACUGAGGCGGAGCCGGCGGAGCUGAGGAAACUUAAAUCUGGAGAGCGACUGUUUCUGCUGCUGAAGAAACACCCCCCGCUUGCACCUUCUAGAGAUAAAGGGAAAAUACUGCAUGAGAUCAAAGGUCUUGUCGUUGAGGAACCGAAGUACUGGCUGGAUGUUAUCUCUAUUUGGAGAAAUCUCUAUGGGUGCAAGGCGAAAAAAGAUAAUGUCUCUCAAGAAAACCCAUCACCUCUCAAGAGAAAGUCAGAAGAAGAGACAAACAUUGCAACUAAAAGACAAAAGACAGAACAAGCAAGAGUGACUGUGUCUGGAAAAUGUCAAGUGGAAAAUGGAGAGAGGUGUAUGGUGCCAGAGAGAAAGAGUGAUCAUGACUGCUGGACUGAAAGCAACACUUCUUUACAAGACCCUCCCAAAAGCAGUGAAGGGGAACAAACUGCAAAUGAGCAGCUUAGCUUCAGUUUCAGAGUUUCUUGUCGUUGUAGUGGAGCAAUUGCCAAAAAGCUUACUUCCCAGGAGAUUGGAAGGGCCGUCGGCGUGGCACUCAUGAAGCAGUUUGGGUGGCGAGCUGACCUGCGAGACCCCGACCUAGAGAUCUUUGUACAUCUUAAUGACAUCCACUCUGUGGUGGGGAUUCCUCUUUUGAGGCUUCCACUGGCAAACAGAGAGUAUAUCAAAACAGCAGGACUGCGGUCAACAAUUGCGUGGGCCAUGGCGUCUGUGGCUGAAAUCAGUGCAGGUGCUUUUGUGCUGGAUCCCAUGUGUGGGCUAGGAACGAUCCUGCUGGAAGCUGCCAAAGAGUGGCCUGAAGCCUGUUACUGGGGCGCUGAUAUAAGUGAUUCACAGCUAGAGGGUGCAGAUGUGAAUAUUAGGACAGCAGGCCUGAUGGAUAAGAUUGAGUUACUUAGAGCUUCUGUGAAAGCGUUGCCGUUGCCUUCAGAAAGCUUUGACGCCGUGAUUUCGGAUAUUCCAUUUGGGAAGAAGUUCAAGAUCACAGAAGACAUACAGCUCCUACCAGAUAUUCUCCAGGAAAUGGAGAGGGUACUUCGUGUUGGAGGGACUAUGGUACUGCUGCUGAGCCAAGAGCUCCGUGAGUGCAUGGAUGGCAUUGGCAGGUGUGCUGAAAAUGGCUCUCCUAAUGCCAGUUCUGAUGGUAAAACUGCCACUGAAAAAGCCCUGGAUGUUGAUGGGAGUUCUUCCUCCUUGGUGAAUCACGUUGAAAAAUCGUUUCCCAGCAGCCAACAGGCACAUUUUGGGUCUCUGAUGCCAGAUGGUGUCUAUGGAGUUAGCCUUGGAAAGACAGAUGCUUUCAUAUACAAAUACAGGAAGAUCUCUGCUGCUGGGAAUUAGUGUCAAAGUGAACUUGAGUCCUGAUACACUCGAAAAGCAGCGUGGCAGUGAUCUGGUGGAACCCUGCUGAUCUAAAUGAACCCAGUGCCAUUUGUUAGCUCACCUCAUUCUCUUUGGAUGUCCUAAGGCACUGCUGUUUUCUCUGGUUUUUAGAAGAGGUGGAAGAUGCCUACUAGUCUUUCAGAUGUUUUUACUGUAAAAAUACUGUGUUGAGACAAGAGUCCUCAAAUCCUUGUUUAGGCAAAGCUUUUUAGUAUCAGGAGGAGUUUCUUUAAGAGGGAAAGACUUCAUCUGCAGAACCUCAAAACCAAAUGUGAUAAUAUUAGAUGUGAAUGGAUUGUCAUCUUCAUCAGUGUUUUUAGGAAGCACAUCUUUUUCUGAAGAAGUCUCCAGCUCCUUUUGAGGGCUGGAUGUACACUUUACCUUGUAGUCUUGUAUUUUGUUUUAAAAUGCAUUUCUGGUGAGUUUGAAAUGUUACUGUUGAGAUCUCUUAAAGUGGAAAAUAAACUAUUUUCUGUAUUUA